GGACCUCCCGCCGCCCCCCCCCCCCCGGCCGACGGGCCCAUGGCAUCGGCCGCCCAGGCCACCCUCCAGAUCGGGGGCCCGGCGGACGCGGAGCCGCUCGUCGGCCCGGCCAGGGCGGAGAUGGAGGCAGAAGCCGAGGAAGAAGAGACGACGGGCCCGCCCGCGGACGCCCGGGCCUCGCGGCUGGCAGUCGCUGCGGGGUCGCGGCCCUGUGCCUCUUCGCCGCGGCGGCCUGCGCCGCCGCGUGCUGGCGCCCGCGCGCCGGAGACCUGCGAGCCAUCGCGAGGCCUCGAGGGCUUGUGA